AUGAGUCGAAUGGAUGACACAGUGCGGCCGCAUCGGCCUCACAGGACAGAUACAUCAAACGAAAUAAAGGAACCGUAUGCCAGAACAGGUUCCCCGAAUAAUGGCAACUCCAGCCGUGACGAAGUCUCUACAAGACCUCAUAAACCAGCGCCCUCAAAGCUCCUGGCCGAAGACCUGAUAAUAGAGCUUGCCCAGAGAGCCGUGGAUAGCGGGAUCCAGGACACAAAACGCUCAUUAGCUGGAAGUGAGGCUGUAGAAGGUGUUGUUCGGCCAAAACUUACAAUUGACCUGGGCCACGCGAACAUUGCUCGUGUCCCAGAAGCGGUGGUCAAUAUCAUAAAGGAUGAGGUUGCCAGGUUAUCACUCUCGAAUAAUCACAUUGACCGCAUUCCAAGCCGUUUCUCAGAAUGUAUCCAUCUUCGAUACCUCAAUAUCCGAGCAAAUAAUUUUACAGAAUUCCCGCGAGUGGUUUACAGUCUCACGUUCCUGGAAAUCCUCGACCUAAGCCGGAACAAAAUCACAAAAUUGCCUGAGGAAGUCCGCAAUUUGUCUUCAUUGCGUGUUUUUUCUAUAAUGCAGAAUUUCCUGGAAGACCUCCCCAGCCAACUUGCGGACAUGAGUAAAUUACAGGUUAUCAAGGUUUCCGGAAACCCGCUUAAUAGUUCCUUGAAAGCCGUUCUGGAACUCAGGGAAGCGGAUGUCAACCAUCUUGAGAUGGCGGAUAAUGAAAAAGACAGUGCAAUUACCACGGAACUAAAGAGAUUUUUGAAAAGCAGACGAGCUGCGGCAUCCCCUGAACCCGAAUAUCAUGACCAAAAUGAAACAACGGAACCACCUAGACCACCAAAGAGAGGCAACCGCUUUCCAGUGAUACCCAGGUCUAACGGAACAGACUCUACGUCUGGCUCCAGAUCUCCCUCAUUAUCAAGACCACCACCGAUACCCACAAGAUCACACCACAGAAUGGCAUCCGGUCAAAGUGGACUCAUCCAUCGUUCAAACACUUUGGCAAGCGUCAGUGAACGCAACCGUAGCAACAGUGAAGGCUAUAUCGCUGGCUCAGGAACAUCACGCAACAAGAGGAUGGGACUGAUCAGCAGGAAAAACACGGAUCUUGGCACCCUCGACGAGAUGCGCCCGUAUCGUAACAGCCAUCUACGUGGCCUAAGCCAUGGCUCCCUUCUUCGAUCCCAACGUGGGGGCAUGCAGAAUGAUGGCAGCAACUCUUCGAGCCCGAGCAGUCCAAUGGACCGGAGGCGCUUGAAAGACGGAUUUGUUCACAGGCUUUCAAGCCUCCCCGAGCAGAGGGUAAAAACUACCACUAAAAACCCAGUGGUCAAUUCUGCAAGGAGCGUGCUCUACGCACUUUAUCAGAUUCAUCCUCACAUCUCCUCUUUGAUCAAUGUUAUCAAGGCAGAAGAGUACAGGCGAAGCAGCCUUGAAAUAGUUUUUUAUAAUGCGACAACACACCUUGAUCAAUUGAACGAAGCAUUACAAAACAUUGGUGACGCAGAUUUGCAGGACAAAGAGGUUGCCAAAAGAGUUACCGAAUCCGUCAAGCAGGAGUGUGCAACUUGCAUCACGGCCUAUACUCACGUUGGGACCCAACUUCGUGCCAACGUUGCCAAAGCUGUGGCCUUGAGCGACCCGAAAUAUAUUCGGACACUCCUCCUAAUGAUAUACGGCAGUUUGAUCGAGCUUCGUAAUGCCUACGCUGUUUUCAACGUGAAACCGAAACCCCGACGAUCCAAGAUGGCCAAGAAACUAUCCAUCACGACCACAAACCAACCGAUGAGCAAGUUUAUACCCGAGCGGGAAUCGGAACCAUCUGUUACGCCGACAAGGGAGAGGCCUCCAACUUCUCGGCGGCUACGAAGCGAAACCACUGUGCAUCUCCCACCCAUUGCCCCGUUCCCUACCGCCUUGCCGCCAUUCACUCCACAUCCACACGGUCAUCCAUCUCACUCGACCCAUCCAACGGCUCCGCCGCUCACCAUUGGAGGUAGAAGCCGUUCAAGCAGUCGAUCGAAUGCAUUUUUGCAUUCGUCAGGUACCUCAUCUAUUGCAAACACUCCACGGUCAGGAGAAUCCUUCAACUUGCUCCAGACCCCAGUGAACAACAGGAUUAAUCCUGUCACUGGCCUAGAUGAAAUUGAAGAAGAUCGUAUAUUCGAGAAAAUUUUUAUUCAACUCUCGUCGGCAUAUAAGGCUACACUCCAAGCCGUUCCCUUGGCUGCGCAACAGUUUUCCCAGUGCCUCAAAGCCGCUGAAGAAUCCAGGGCUCCCCAGCAUCUUCGAAACCUGUGCCGAAAAUUACUUGUUCGCUGUCGUUCGUGUGUAGAUGUUGCUGAUGCACUGGACAACCGACUGUCCAACAUGAAACUCAAAGAGCCCGGCGGCAAUCUACGAAACCAACGUGAAUUCUGGCAUCUUUGCAAAACAUUCAUCCAAACUUUUGUCGAGCUAGUUCUUGAUAUUCGAGAAGCCAAAACUUUCUGUCUACUUCCUUCCGAGAUUGUUGCUACUCUUCGAAUAGUACAGAAGACAAUAAGGGAAGCUGGACGCUUGAUCGAUACCUCUCCUUGGUCGUAUCUUGCCGAGCUUCAUACCUCGAAUCCCUCCAAUGCUGUUUCACAACCCCAGCCUAAUGGCCACCUUCAUUAUUCAAACUCUUCCACGUCAAUUGCAUCGCAAUCCGGCCUGGUCAAUGGAUCUUCCCCGCAGUCAGCCACCGUUCCAGCUACACCUUUGAGCGCUGCACUUGGCCCGGCAGCACAAGCCACUGUCCCUUCAACGACUACCUCUUCAAACACUUCCAAUACAUCUGGUGAUCGCAUGUUUGCUGGAGAUGUCUUCCAACGGGCCGACCUCCUGCUCUCCAUGGCCCCUUCUGCGCCAUUAUUUUAUCGCCGCUAG